GUGUUGUACCAAGCUUUAUGCCAAUAUUUAAACGAAUCAAUCAAGCAAGAGUGCCAAGAUAAAUCAAAGAAUGAGAUGAAAAUCAUCGAUGUCGGUGCAGGGACAGGACUGCUAGGGGUUCAACUUCAUGAGCUUGGCUACACUAGCCUUACGGCGAUAGAUAUUUCAGCUGAAAUGUUGAACGAAGCUAGGAAGAAAAAUGUCUACAAAAACUUCAUCUGCGCCUUUCUGAGUGACCAGCGGAUUCCUGAAAUAGGCACUGGCGAGUAUGACGCUCUUAUUUGUGCUGGUACAUUGGUUAAGGGACACGCUCGUUCCUCCGCGUUUGUAGAGAUGAUUAGAAUAGUUAGGAUUGGUAAGUCUUUUUGUCUAGUAAGUAGCAUAAAUUUCACCACGUACUACGCGACCUUCCUCAAAAUAGCGUCAAGCGCGAGGGUCGAGUAAGAGAAGGUUCGAGUAAUCGGAAGUCAACCGUAUAUCCAUGCCCAUUUUAUACCGCGAAAGACAUCAGUGUGUGAGUUAAAAUUUACGCCAAAGUUUUGGUAAGCUCAGGCUUAACACUAUUCAGAGCUUGCUUUUUAUCGCUUCCUGCGACCGGGGGGAGAGCUUAAACGCCCCCGGUCUGAAUAGGGUUGUUGGCUUAACAUAAGGGCAGCUACGCCCUUAACAUCAAUUCUUGUCACUUACGAUUCAUACUCUGGUUUCUUUUCUGCAGGUGGUCUUCUUUGUUUCAGUAUUCGAGACGAUCACCUGGGAGCCUACCAGGAAAAGAUGAUGGAACUCGAAAAAGAUAGACGAUGGGAAAACGUCAGCACAAAAAAGAUUCCUUUAUAUGACUGUGAUGACAUGCCGAAGGACAUCCUUGGUUUUGUUUAUAGAGUCUUAAAAAAUUAA